AACCUGUAUGGCCGCAAGCAUCCGGGGUUGACCCACGACCCGGGCUGGUUUGAUGACGGCGCAUCAUCAGAGUCUUAUGCCACAUGACCAUUGAUGUUUUGUCGACACCAUGCCUCUUUCACAGCAGUUGCUCGAGGGCCAUUUGAGCAUCCCAUGGUGGGUAAAUGGAAGCCUGGCGGUCAUGAAAUGCGUACUUGGCAACAACACCUGGGCCAGAUCAGCAGUAAAAUCGCGCUUUACUGUCUCUGACCGUUCAUUGGGUUCAUUCACACUUUCUUUCCGUCGGCAGAUAUUGAUGGCAAGUUCCCGCAGCCCCAAAAAGUUGGCUGGGCCAAUGAACAGACGUCCAAGACACGAUUGUCCCUUGCAGUCCGUCAACGUCGGUCUACGGUCGUCGUUUCUUCAUAGAUCGCGGGGCAUGCCUGCAGCCUGCUUCACCGGCCAGAUGAGCCCGAAAUCAUCUGGUCAGGUAGGCAUCGGCCAGCGCCCGACGGUUUUCAAUCGACCUAUUGAAGCUUUCCACGAGUCGCUGGAUGGGCCCUUUGCUGGCUCCUCGUGAGACUUUACGGACGGGACGCCCGCCAUGUGGGCUCAUCCUGACCGGUGAUGUCUCACCGUCACGUCCGUAACGACGACCCUGAAUCUAGGAACGCAUACCAUUGGGCCAUCAGCUC